AUGGCGUGGCUGCUGGAUCUAUCCCUCACACAGUUGGCGCUUUCACUGGUGGCCGUCGGAACCAUCUAUACCAUUGGAUUGGCGAUACAACGACUAUGGCUCUCUCCGAUAGCUCACUUCCCGGGUCCCAAAUGGGCGGCUCUCACCAUGUGGUAUGAAUGGUACUAUGAUUCCUACCUCGAAGGCGAAUAUACCUUUCAAAUCGCCCAGAUGCACCGUCGAUACGGACCCAUUGUUCGUAUCAGUCCCUAUGAACUCCACAUCAACGACCCGGAAUACAUCGACGUGCUCUACUCGCGCGAAGCACCUCGUAACAAAUCCCUUCAUCUGACCGGCAUGUUCGGCGCACCGGCCUCGGCCUUUGGCACCGUGGACUAUCGCCGUCAUCGAAUCCGUCGACAGCCCAUGAACCCAUUCUUCUCGCAGCAACGCAUUCGAUCCCUCGAGCCCAUGCUGCGCGCCAUGGUCGACAAGCUCUGUGACGGCAUGCGCGCAUGGAUCCAACGACAAGCGCCGCUUCAUCUGUAUCACGCCUACAACGCCUUUACCACCGACGUCGUGGUCGAAUACACCAUGGGCGAAUCCUUUCACUAUCUCGACGAUCCCGACUUUAGCCCGCAGUGGUCCACGACCAUUCAGGCCAUUGUGCGCGCGGGCAUGCAGUUCAAACAAUUCCAGUGGUUCAUGGCUCUGUUCGAGCUUCUGCCACGAUGGCUGGUUCUCAAGAUCAAUCCGGAUCUGGGACCAGUGCUGGACCAAAAGGCCGAAAGUAUCCGUCUGGCCAACUUGGUCAUCGACAGUCGAAAUCCCGAAAAGGUCACCGAUAAGAAGCAGCCCAUCGUGCCUCCGGGUACACUCUUCCAUGCCUUGCUGGAGAGUAAUCUACCGGCGGAAGAGAAGGCUGCGCCUCGGUUGAGUCAAGAGGUUUUCACCGUCAUUGCAGCGGGUGGUGAGACCACGGCGAAGAAUUUGACGACCGUCUCGUAUCACCUGUUGAGUAAUCCCGAGAUUUUGGAGAAGCUGCGCGGAGAAUUGAACCGAUUGGAUCCGGAUGGAACGGCUUCGUUGAAGGAUUAUGAAGCCAUGCCCUAUUUGACAUCCAUCAUGCUCGAGGGUCUCCGCGUCUCCUUUGGCGUAGCCACCCGGCUUCAACGCAGUUCCCCGGACGAACCGAUGAUCUACCGCGACUGGGUGAUUCCCCCGGGGGUCCCCGUCGGAAUGACCAGUCUCCUCCUUCACAACGACCCCGAAAUCUUUCCCAACCCGGAGAAAUUCGAUCCAGAACGAUGGAUGGAUCCCACAGAAAGACACCGACUCGAGAAAUAUCUCGUCGCAUUUAGUAAAGGGUCUCGACAGUGUAUUGGUAUUCCUCUCGCCAAAGCCGAAAUCCUCCUCGUGAUCGCCACAAUCUUCAGAGAAUUCGACAUGACCCUGUAUGAGACGACGUACGAGGAUGUCCGCGUCGUGCGCGACAUGUUCAACGGGCAUCCGCGCAAGGGAAGUCCAGGCGUGAGGGCUCUUGUGACGGGGUGGAGGGGAUCACUGGGGUCAAGGACGGAGGGUCAGGAGUAA